AUGCUAUUGCUUCCCCACAGCUCUCUCUAUAUGAUCCGUCAAACCUGCAGCGCCAUACGCAAUUUGACCGACGACUUCAAGUUCCAGGCUUUCCAGACGGAUAUUCUUCGAAGUGGCGAAGAGCACUCCUGUAUCACCAAAGGGGGGUUCGGUGAGCUUCGAAAGAUUCAACAGAUACUGCUACGAAGAUCCCUAUGUACACCUUGCGGACGCCUAUUUGACUCGGGCGAAUUGGAAAGCAGAUUAAAAGAACUGUGGCGACCUCGCUCCUGCAUCGGAUGUCAUUAUGAGCAUCCAACACUUCUAUUUCCCCAAGGUCAGAAAGUGGUCGAUAGAUGCGUUGGAUUACUGGGCAAACUUGCCGUUUGCAAACAUCUCAAUAUUACCGGUAAGAUCGAGUCGUACGUGGGAGGCAAGACAGCGAUCCACUGUCCAGAUCCAGAACAUGUGCUUGUCGGCAGAAGGGACUUUGGAGAUCUACCAGACUUCCAAAAGUAUCGCGCAGGCAUUUGCGUGGACUCAACAUACAAAAGGCCUUAUGCAGAAUUGUUCAGAACAUUCCCGUUGGCAAAGAUCAAUCCUCAACAAUAUCCCGACCUGGAAGCUCUGAAGAGACAUCUGAUGAAUCAGAUAAGACAGUUGGAGCCGGGAAGCCUCUGCCUCCAUGCUGCGAAUCAACUCGAUUCCAUCGUGUCAUGUCUUGUCUCAGAUGACUGCGUUCUCGGGAAGUACUCCCGCUAUGCUUUCCCUGACUCUAAGCUGCCUGUUUAUCAUGGAACCCAUUUACCAUCUCGUAUGUGGUCUUUGUGUUCUGGACACCAAUACCGUUGUCGCUACUGCGAUGCCCAAUAUUGUUGGGUUCUCGAAGAGGAGUAUGUUGCACUUUACGUUCAUUUUCGAAUACGCCACGUUCGUGCGGAUAGCAUGGAUUGGCUUUCGAACCUAACUUUCGAUAGCAAGGAGCACCCUAUAUUGAACACCUCUACUGAGGGCAUACUGUGGUGCAGCGACCCUUCUUGCGGUACGAAACGUGGCUAUCGCUGA